AUGAAAACUUUCAUUACAUCUAUUGAAAUACCCAUAGGGUAUCUAACACCAAAAUUCCCAUCACUUUAUUGGCCCAUAUCGAACAAGAAUUAUAGUCUAGCAUUUCUAUAUGAUAUUGUGGAUAUAUGGAAGUUUACUCUAUAUUGGUGUCUCAUAUUCAACGGUGCAUUUUAUGGGGCAACAGGUCUACUAGCAACCAUCACACAUAGGAAUCAACCAAGGAGUAUAAUGAUAUUAGCCAUAUACAUUACAUAUGGUGGUGUUCAAGGAUUUGUAGUAGGGACUGUAAUGGGAUUUUUAAUUGGGGCUGUUUACAACUCCGGUCUUUUCGCCAUGUCAACUUGGAUUCCAAUAUGUUGUGCGAUAACACAAAUCCUAUAUGAAGUGGUUAAGAGUUACUCAACUGUUGGUUCGAUAAUGUAA